GACGGCGUCGUCAAGGGGGAGACGCGCGGGGUGCCGCCCCCCCGGCAGGCGCGGGUCCACCUCUACGUGGGCAGAAGCGCGUGGGCGCGGGACGCGCCGUUCCACGGCCGCAUCGAGGACCUGCAGGUCUGGGGCGCGGUGGUGAAUUGGGACACCACCGAGGUGCAGCGGGUUCCGCUCAAGCCGUCCAUGUUCUACGACGGGCGUGAGUACGAGGGCGACGAGUGCGACUGGGACGACCUCGGCUCCAGGUUUGGCCACACGCCGCUGGGCGGCAGCGGGCUCUCCGUCGGCUUCGCCGCCCGCUGGCGCAGCCUCAAGAGGUGGAGCCGCAUCAUCGACUUCGGGAACGGACCGGGCACCGAGAACAUCGUGGUGGCCAACAAGGGCACGUCCACAACCCUCGUGUUCAACGUGUGGGACGGGCGCCAGGAGCACGGUCUGCAGGUCCCGGACGCGAUAGAGGUGGGCAGGCUCCAGCGCUUCCUCUGCACAGUGGACGCCUUCGGCCACAUGCAGGUCUUCCGCGACGGCGAGCUGCUCGCCACGGGCGGCGGCGCGCGCGGCAGGCAGGACCACGGCGGCUGCCCCUGCAGGGCGGCGCGGGGCUUCUUGUACGUGGCCAGGUCCCACUGGGACCGCGACGAGGCGUUCCACGGCGAGAUCCGGGACCUGAAGGUGUGGAACGCCGUGGUGGACUGGACGGGCCGCGCGGAGGCCGCGCAGGGCCUCCGCGCCCGGAGCCCGCGGGAGCAGCUGCGGCUGGCGGCCCGCGAGGACCCCCCGCUGGACCCCGAGGCCCGCGACGCCCUCGAGGACCUCCGCGCCAGCCUGCGGGGCGACUCGCUCUGCCACGGCGCCUGA